CAAUCUAUUGUGAUCUCAGAUGAUUGAGUUCAAAAACCACACCACUUUAAAGACAGUUAUUUCAUGCCCUAAUGGUUAGGGUUAAGGCCAGGGGUUAAAAACCGUGGCAUGAAAUGAAACGUGAAAAGAAAAAAAAUGCAUCAAAAUGACACACGAAAUGACUUGUUGUUCUGUUGCUGUGACUUGUUCAUGUGCAAUUUUAUGAGAAGGCUUUACAUUCAGGUGGACAAAAAACGUCCUGUAUCUGUAGCUGUUUGCUAACAUGUUUCAUUUUAUUCUGCUGGUCUUCGAAAUUCUACAUAAAUGUCUUGAAUUUUGGAAAUACAGACUGCAAUCAAGCUGUUUAUCCACUGGAAUCAUGUGUUUCCUUGCUUCAGAGUGAUGAAUACUUAUGACGAAUAUGCUGAAGAGGAGAUUAAUGACUAUAUCAUCCAGCUGAGUAUUCAAGACUCCUGCCAGGAUGCCUUUCUGAAAUCUGCAGCUGGUUUAGCAGCGGCGACGGAUGAAAAUCUGAGAGUCUUGGCUGCCAUCGAACAAGGUGAGGUGUCGGUGCUCAGGGAGAUGCUGAGGCACACCUUUGCCUUCAGGGAGUCGGACAGUCGGGGUUGGCUUCCCCUCCAUCGAGCUGCAUCCCAGCCAGUCCUGGAGGUUCUGGAGACUGUCCUGAGAUUGUCAGCUCAGGGGCUCAGCCUGGAGGAGAGAACGGCCGUGGGGGGAGAUACGCCUCUGACGCUGGCAGUUAAAGCCGGACUGGUGCAGAAUGUGAAGAGUCUGCUGCAGCAUGGAGCCUCGCCUCACAACACCAACAACAAGAACGAGUCACCGCUGCUGCUGGCGGUGAGGGCUGGCUCUUACGAGAUGACGUACACUCUGGUGGCUCUUGGCGCCUGGGUAGAGCAGGUUUGCCGGAAGAAGUGGACGGCCAUGCACGAGGCAGCCAAGGUUGGCAAAGUGGACAUCCUGAUGCUGCUGCUGAGGAACGGCGGACGGGUAAACCACAAGGACGUGACGGGAGUGACGCCGCUCGCUGUGGCUGCAGAGCAUGGACACUUCCACGUCACUGAGAUUUUGCUGAACUGUGGUAGCAGAGUGAACUCUCAGGCCUGUAACGGGGAAAGUGUCCUGCUGGAUGCAGCCGGAUCAGGAAACACUGACUGCAUUCAGCUGCUGCUGGACAAUGGAGCCAACCCCAACCUGCCCAGCAUCACUGGACACCUGCCCAUCCACAAGGCAGCAUAUGCCGGACACUACGAUGCUCUGAAGAUGUUGAUACCUCUGACCACUAAGAAGGCCAUCAAGGAGGCUGGUCAGAGCCCGGUCCACUCUGCAGCGGAGGGAGGCCACAGCCGUUGCCUGAAGCUCCUGCUGGCCGCUGGCUUUGACGUCAACUACCGCAUGAACACCAGAAACUCUGAAAACUACCGGGACAUGAGGAAGAGUGCCUUGUACUUCGCUGUCUCCAAUGGGGACGUGGACUGCACCAAAAUUCUGUUGGCAGCCGGAGCAAAGACAGACCUCGACCCGCUGUGCUGCCUCCUGGUGGCGGUCCGGUCCGGGCGUUACGAGAUCGUGAAGCUGCUGCUGGCGGCCAAAGCAGACGUUAACUGUUACUUCACAGUGGUAAGCGACACAGUGUUUCCCACGGCGCUGCAGUACUGCCUGAAGGACGAGGUCAUGAUGAGGCUGCUGCUCAACAACGGCUACAAGGUGGAGAGGUGCUUUCACUGUCACCAUGACAAAACUUUUGAUGCUUCGGACAACGUAGAGGGAAAAAUCCCAUUCUGUGAGUUCAUGAAUCUCUGCUGCCUCAUGCAUCUGUCUGGGAGCGUGGUCCGGAUUCUGCUGGACUACGUAAACCACGUCCACAUCUGCUCCAAACUCAGACUCAUCCUGGAGAAACAGAAAGAGUGGCCAGAGAUAUGUGAAAUCCUCAGCAGUCCUCGCUCCCUCAGGCACCUCUGCAGACUGGAGAUCAGGAGGCGUUUGACCCUGAAGAGACUCAACAACCCUGAGAUCAUGAACUCACACGUUUUCCCUCCAAGACUGAAAAGCUUCAUACUCUACCAGGAACUCGACCUGUACAGCCAGGACCCUGAAUGCAUCAUGUGAAGAUCUGUAGAUUCUCUGGUUGUUUUGAAAGGAUGUAACUAAUUAUGAAUCCAAACUUUAUUAUAGUUAUUUAAAGUACUUUUUAUAAUAGAUUGUGAAUACUCUGACUGUAUGUGUUUUUACAGAAAAUAUAAAUUUUAAAUACAUAACAGGUUCUUUUUUAUAUAUAUAUAUAUUUCAGUGCAUUUACUGCAUCUCAAACAUACUUUACACUUUUUCAGAUCACCUAGUCUUUCACAUUUUAUUCAGAAUCAACAGCUUCUUGAUUUAAAACUGAUUAAAAUGUGACGGAUGGAUGGUGUUGUUCAGUUCACUGCUCUCCAGGAUAUCUGAACAACUGAAAUGAAAUGAACCAAGGUGACCCUCUGACCUUUUAUCUAGCUCCACCAUUCUGACAAACUUUCCACCUGCAGUUGUUUUGAGAUAUCAACAUCUAAUGUGAGUCAUUCUGAAACUGAUAUUCUAUAUUUUUCUUCUUGUCAACAAAUCUAAUAAAAAGACACAUCUAACUAUGAAUGUCUCCUUCUAAAAAGUACUGCUUGUACAUCUAAAGCCUGAUAUCUCUGAGUCCUCUGAGCCAUAGAGCUCCAUUGUUUCCCAAAACCAUUAAAUACACAACACUUACCAAGAUCUUCAGCUAUCAUUGUUUCCAAUACAAGAGGUUAGAAUACGUCCUCUGAGUGGCGCUACCUCUUCAGGGAAGUUAUUGAAAAGUGACGAGAAGUCAAGUGACAGAUCUAGAAGCAAAACAGACUGAUUAGUAAACAGCUGUUACCAGUGGCUAUGUAGUGAUAACAAAAACUCACAUAUAGUGUCUUAAAAGUUUAGUCAUCAGAAGAAACCAACGAGCCAGAAAAACACUACAGAUGUCUGAAAGUAUUUAUGUGCUUGGUCUUUUCAUGGGUACAUAUCUGUCAGUCUGGUGUCAUUUCACCUGUCAGUGGUUUUAUUGUUAUUGCUGAUCAGUGAAUACUAAACUUUUUCUGCAGCUCAGAGUGAUAUUGUGAAACCUCAGACUGAAGUGCAACAAAAAAUCUCAAUGCAACAUUCAAAAUGCUAAUGAAGAGUGAAGAGGUCAAAGGUUGGAGCUGUAAAUCUGCAGCAGAUGGAGAAGAAGCCUCUUCAUUAUUUCAGCAGGUUCUCAUCGAUUUGUAAUCCAACAGCCUUUGGACUGAUCUCCACUGUGCUGAAAACAUCGCUGUUGUCUGAUGAAUCCUAAUGACUCAAUAAAUAUUCAUAC